GUUUGCUCAUUCCCUUUUAAAGUCUUAUAUUUUUAUAUUCGAUCCAUCUGCUAUCUUUACCAUCACGUUUGUUGAGGAUUUAAAUUCUUCCGAGGUUGUUAUUAAUAAUUUAAUUGUAAUAGUUUUGGUUUUUCAGGUCAGUCUAAAGUAUGGCAGACACUGAAGAUAUUCAGCCUCUUGUAGUUGAUAAUGGGACUGGAAUGGUUAAGGCUGGAUUUGCUGGAGAUGAUGCUCCUAGGGCUGUCUUCCCUAGUAUUGUUGGACGGCCUAGGCACACAGGUGUCAUGGUGGGGAUGGGACAGAAAGAUGCCUAUGUGGGGGAUGAGGCUCAGUCCAAAAGGGGUAUACUCACAUUGAAAUACCCUAUUGAGCAUGGUAUUGUUAGCAACUGGGAUGAUAUGGAAAAGAUUUGGCAUCACACUUUCUACAAUGAGCUUCGUGUUGCUCCUGAAGAACAUCCUGUUCUCCUUACGGAGGCACCUCUCAAUCCUAAGGCCAACAGGGAGAAAAUGACACAGAUAAUGUUUGAAACAUUUAAUGUUCCUGCCAUGUAUGUUGCAAUCCAGGCAGUUCUAUCCCUUUAUGCUAGUGGCCGUACUACAGGUAUCGUGCUGGAUUCUGGUGAUGGGGUCAGUCACACAGUUCCUAUCUAUGAAGGUUAUGCACUUCCCCAUGCCAUCCUCCGGCUUGACCUUGCUGGACGAGAUCUAACAGAUGGCUUGAUGAAGAUCCUCACAGAGAGGGGUUACUCAUUCACCACAACUGCUGAACGAGAAAUUGUACGUGACAUCAAGGAAAAACUUGCUUAUGUGGCACUUGACUUUGAGCAGGAGCUUGAAACUGCUAAAAGCAGCUCUUCAAUUGAGAAAAGCUAUGAGCUACCUGAUGGUCAGGUAAUAACCAUUGGAGCAGAGCGUUUCCGUUGUCCUGAGGUCUUAUUUCAACCAUCACUCAUUGGAAUGGAAGCUCCUGGAAUUCACGAGACCACCUAUAAUUCAAUCAUGAAAUGUGAUGUCGAUAUUAGAAAGGACUUGUAUGGUAACAUAGUGCUUAGUGGUGGGUCCACCAUGUUUCCCGGUAUUGCUGAUCGUAUGAGCAAGGAAAUCACAGCUCUUGCACCAAGCAGCAUGAAAAUUAAGGUGGUAGCACCCCCAGAGAGAAAAUACAGUGUCUGGAUCGGUGGAUCUAUUUUGGCUUCCCUUAGUACAUUCCAGCAGAUGUGGAUAUCAAAGGCAGAGUAUGAUGAAUCAGGGCCUUCCAUUGUUCACAGGAAGUGCUUCUAGAUAUGUGCUUGUGUUUUUUUGCUGUUUCCAUAUGCAUUUUGUGGUUUUGGAUUUUCGGAUUGGUGACGGUUAGUUUGGCUUGGUUUUCAUUUUUGUUUUUGGUUUGAUUUUUCGUUUUCAUCCUUUACGGAUGUAUGAGAUAACUUAGUCGAUAUGUAUGAUUAUAUGCUACAUUGUUUUGUAGUGUUAACAGAUAAUUAUUGUAUUCUAUAAUGAUAGCAAUGUUGCCUGGCUCAACAAUUAUAUAUGUAAUGUGAUUUUUGACUGCAGUAUAUCUUAAGCAAGCCAAAAGUUAAAUGUUUU